CAUCAUCAUCAUCAUCAGUGCGGGGGAACAGAGAUGUCGGACGCUGCUAAAGCGCAGUCGGGAGCCCCGGGUGGUCGCAGGGGUGGUCGCGGUGAUCGGUCGGAAAAGAUCCACGUUGCUGUCCAAAGUGUCCCCGAGGGAAAGGACUUCACCGUCAGACAGCUGAAAUGGGGUCUAGCAGAGCGCCUUUGGGCGCCGACAGAGCAGCUGGUCCUCACAGAGCCACAACUCCUGAGUCACCGUAGCGCCCAGGAUGAGUCAGCCUCAGCACCCGUCUUCUGCCUCCACCUGCGAUCAAGCACCAAAAAUCACACCAGAGCUCGACCAUGAAAGCUUCCCACCGUCUCCCACCUCUCCCCUUGGUUUGGUGGAGGGUCUGGAUAGUCUGAGCCUAACAAACAGUGGGCCCGGCUUCUCGCCUGUCACCACACAGGGGCUGGAGAUCAUCAGGAGCCCUUGCAUGAUAGAGCAUGUGGUGCAUAGUGAAGACACAGCAUUAGACCAUUUACAGACGGAGCAGGAAAACCCUGAAACCAUCACUGGUGACUCUGAUGGCCCUCAGAAGGAUUCCAGCAAAAUGCUCAAAUUAUCACAGAUCGGAGAAGCCCGAGAAGUGACCACAUCGUGCGGCACUCAACAGCCAACUGAAGGGGAAAGCACCGCUAUUCCAUCGGUCACCUGUCAGUCCACAGAUCCUCUCCGAGUUCUGACCGCCGCGACCAGAGCCGAUCCAAACCCUCAGAGCUCUGUGACCGCAGGCACGCAGUCACUGCUGGAGAAGAUCACAUCCAGUCCAGGACUGAUGGAGAGCCUGCUGUCGGGGCCCUACGUCAGCAGUCUCCUCACCUGCCUGAGCCAGAACCCUGACCUGGCUGCACAGAUGCUGCUGAGCCACCCGUUGAUCUCGGGAGAUCCAUUGCUGCAGCAGCAAAUGAGGCCUCACAUCCCUCUUCUUCUGCAACAACCUCACAGUCCAGAGCUGCUGUCGGCCCUGUUCAACCCCAGAGCCAUGGAGGCUCUGCUACUCAUCCAACAGGGCCUACAGACUCUGGCUGCAGAGGCUCCUGCACUGAUACCCACAGCUGGUGUUAAUGCUGCCCCAGAGCUGGUACCUGACUCUGUCCUUCACAGCCAAUGUGGUCAUCGGGUUUCCAUGGUGACGGCGCAGCAGCAGCAGCAGUUUGUGGAGCAAAUGCUACAGGCGCUAGCUGACACCAAUCACGGGGUCCAUGUUGACGAGGCGGAGUUCCAGGACGAGCUGGAGCAUCUGAGCUCAAUGGGCUUCGGAGACAGAGAAGCAAACCUGCAGGUCCUCAUCAGCACCGGAGGAGACCUCACCACCGCUAUACAGCAUCUGCUCAGUCUUUGACAACCACACACAGAUGUUGACCUGGGCACGUGUACAUACAUACAGUAUUACAUCAUAAUCCUUCAUAUGCAUUGGGGUUUUUUUCCAACUACUUCUAAAAUCCAAUUUGCCGUUGUGAGCAAAGAAAAGCAGCAAAAAUGUAUCUUCAAGCUUAAAAUACAUAAUGUUGCACCCUGAUCAAUAAAGAGAGAAGAUAAACACAAA